CUCUGAGGCCCAUCUAUGCGCCUCACCUCACCACUCACCAGUCACUCGCUUCAGCAUUCAGCAAGCCAGGUUUCCAAAAAAAUAAAAAAUGGAGCAAGCCAAGUGAGCUGUGAGACAGAGCAGCCAGGCAGCCAUGGCUCCCUAUGGUUUUCUUCCUCUCACUCUCAGCAGCAGCAGCAGCUUACCUCCCCCGCCCCUCUCCUCCCCACGGGCGCCUCGCCCUGCGCACACGUCUUGCAGGAACCGCAAAGGCGACAUGUCAUAGCACAGUGUGGCAUUUCAUGGAACAUGCCAAAAAUAUCUGGAACUGAAGUUACACUCGCUGAAUCUUCAGGACUUGUCCAAGGUGGUAAUACUGCCCCUCUAGUUCAAGCACUGGAAUCAACUGCAGCUCAGGAUGUGUCCUGCUUUCACUUCCCUGGACACAACAGAGGGAAAGCUGCUCCGAAUUCUUUGUCGAAACUUAUUGGCCCGGGGAUGUUUUUGCACGACUUGCCCGAGUUACCUGAGCUUGAUGACCUGUUCUACCCGAAUGGCGUGAUUUUGGAUGCUCAAAACCGGGCAGCUGAACUAUUUGGAGCAUUUAAAACAUGGUUCCUGGUCAAUGGAAGUACCUGUGGAAUCCAGGCUGCAGUGAUGGCUACCUGCGCCCCUGGUGACUACAUCAUUAUACCUCGAAACUGUCACAUUUCAGUGAUCUCUGCAUUGGUUCUUUCUGGCGCGGUGCCUAAGUAUAUAGUACCGGAGUACAAUUCUGGGUGGGACAUCGCUGGUGGUGUUACGCCGCUGCAGGUGGAUAAAGCACUGAAGGACCUCGAGAAGGAUGGAAAGAAAAUAGGAGCCGUUCUUGUUACUUCACCAACCUACCAUGGUAUAUGUACCAAUGUGCAAGGUAUCGUUGAUGUUUGUCACCCGUUAUGCAUUCCAGUCAUAGUAGACGAAGCUCAUGGUGCGCACUUCAGAUUCCAUGACAGUUUUCCAAGAACUGCUAUUGAGCAAGGUGCUGACUUGGCUGUGCAAUCGACACACAAGGUUCUGAGCUCGCUUACACAGUCCUCCAUGCUUCACAUGGCUGGAGAUCUUGUCAAUGCAGAUAAAGUAACCCAAUGCCUCCAGUUGCUCCAGAGCUCGAGCCCAAGCUACCUCCUACUCUCAUCAUUAGAUGCAGCAAGAGCUCAGUUGAGCGAGAACACCAAAUCUUUUGAUGAACCAGUGGCUAUGGCUUUAGAAACAAAAGACCAGCUGACAAUAAUCCCAGGGAUAUCUGUCCUGGACUUGUCAAGCUUUGUUUCUGACUUCCCUGCCAUUGAUCCUUUGCGUGUCACACUGAGUGCUUCAAAUCUGCAUUUAUCCGGAUAUGAAGCAGAUGAUAUUUUAGCUGAAGAGCAUCAAGUUGUAUCUGAGCUCGUCGGCACACAAGCAGUGACAUUUGCAGUCAAUUUAGGGACCAGAUGGCAAGAUGUUCAAAAGCUUGUACAGUCUGCACAGCAUCUCUCAGAAAAAUACUUCUCUGCAAAUGAAUCCAGAUUUAGAAAACAUAAUUGUGUGCGUAGCCCGUUAGAUAAGAUCUCUGUCAAGCUGACUCCAAGAGAGGCGUUCUUUACAAAGAAAAGGAGUGUGUUCACUGAGGACAGCCUUGGAGAGAUUUGUGGAGAGCUAAUCUGCCCGUACCCACCAGGUAUUCCAGUGCUGAUCCCAGGCGAGGUUGUAACGCAGGACUCACUGUCUUACCUGAUAAACCUCAGAGACCAGGGCAUGACAAUCAGUGGAGCAGCUGAUGGUGAACUCACCUCAAUUAUGGUAUGCGACUUGUGAUGAUUAUUCUGCUGUAUCAAGAUAACUAUGUAGCAGAAAUAUUUCGAUAAUUUGCACACACACAUAUGGUACUUCUUUGUAGUGUUAGAGACCGAAACCACAAAUCAGGCCAAGUGUAGAUCACAGCUGUCUGCCUUUUCGGACAGAUAUGGACAACUCUUGUGUAAAGAACAAUUGACUGACUACUUGACCAAACAAUGAGAGUACAUCUCGUGAAGAAAGAGUUAUAGCUGGCAAGCAGCAAGACGAUGCCAAAAUAUAAAUAGAGUCUAUGACAUCUAGCCUCCUGUGAGCAUGAAGCAUAAACCAUUGAAGUGGCAACGUUUUCCUAUGAAGUGCCUUGGAAUGUAAUGAUAUUCUGCUUUUUUCCCCAUAGCUCUUCAAGAAAACAAGUAAAUUGGCCUGUAAGUAACAGUUCCCGUGUGUUCCUUUCUUUUCAGCUUCCCCCUCUGGUUCUCUUCAGAAAAGGCAGACUCAAUCUGAAUCGACUGUGACACUGAGCUCAAGCAUCGGGUGCACUUUGUACACCUUCAUGGUUUUCCAUAAGCAUGUUGCAAGAUUGCUCAAGCAAGUACUCUAGCUACUUUUGUAAGUGUCACAUCAACUCAAGAAUUCAUGAAUUAUUC